CCGUGAGCCACAGAAAGGGAGUGAAUGGCGAGGGGUUCGUUUUGCUAAAUUCCGUCAGUUCUUUUCUGUUCGUUUCUGUCGAUGUGAAGUGAUUAAAAGAGAAUCCAUUUUGAGGGGGUUUGUUUUCGUGUCCGUUCAGUAUGCCUCCGUGAUUUAUUUGGUUGUAUCACUGACAGUGACCAGGGUGGAUACUGCACCAGUUUGCCAGCAAACAGUAGCUUCAUAUAAUGGUGCAUAUAUUGCGCCGUGAUGAUUCGCGUUUUGGAGAGAUAAAAACAUUAUAACAGCAGCGAUGAGUCGUUGCAUCCAAUGCACGUUUUCUCGUUUCUUUAGCCAUUCGUGCCAAUAUCACUCCAGAUUGAGUGCUGUCAAUCAUGGGGGCAGACGAUGGAAGCCCUUGACAAAUGGAACAAAGACUUCAUAGCGCUUAGGCUGUUGGAUAAGAAAAUAAACUCCAAACAAAAUGGCAGGACAGGUAGCAUGAUCGUUAAACGUCUCAAUUCAUUCAAAGCACACAAUCGUUUACAUUCCCAGCCCAUCACCCGUUCAGAAUGUGUUACAGGCUCCUGCCCAAACCUGAUCAUGAGUAGGAACGAGCACGCGGACCCCAGGCCUCUCCCAGUGGCACUGACCCCUCAGCUGCCCCCUCGGUCCCACAGACCCCUCUGUCUGUCUGUCUCCUCCGACAGCAAUGGCCGCUUCAAAGCCCUCGAGACCCAGGAGUGGAAGAACAACCUCAAAGCUCAGAUGGAGCAGGCCCACAGUGCAGGUGCCGCCAGCAGCACGGGCUCCCUGGAGAGGGCGUCUCUCUUCUGCGCCUCGGGCUCCACCACUACCUCCAGCUCGGGCUUGUCCAGCCCUGUGGAGACCCUCACCAAGAGCAAGUCGUCCAGCCGCUUCUCACUCUUCUCCCCACCCUGGAACAGCAGCUCCGAGUCCGACUCCAACCCACCUUCGCGCUCCGGUUCCAAGAAGCUACGCAACUACAGCCGGCGAGGGGUGAUGGCAUCUGGCGGCUGUAUUGGCAAGGCGCCCGACGCGCCUGAGGCCAAGCACGGCGGCGGCUGCCCUGAGCACUUCCAGUACUCAGAGCCGGUGAUCUCCAAGGUGACGGACUAUAUCUACGUGGGCAACCUGAACGCGGCAUACAGCGGGCGCACGCUCUGCCGCAACAACAUCGACAGCAUCAUCGACAUGAGCAACCUGCCCGGCGAGGCCAGUCUCAGCCUCAUCCCGUGCACGUGCUCGCGUGGCACCAAGCACAGCUGGUCCCGGCUCAAGGUGGACAUCGGCGAGCUGCCCGAGUCGGCACCGGAGAGCCCCGCGUUCAAGCCGCGCUGCUUUGAGGACAUCAACGAGUGCAUCGACGCCUCCACGGAGAAGCGCAAGCGCGUGCUGGUGCACUGCCGUGACGGAUUCUCCCUGGCGCCCACCUGUAUCAUCCAGUACCUGAUGGUUCGGCAGAACAUGCGGCUCAUCGCCGCAUAUGAGCUGCUGAGGGCCAAGCACCCGCUUAACAUCCGGGAGAGCCACCAGAACGUGCUGGUCAGCCUGGAGAGAGCCCUCCGGCCGGGGGGCAAUAUGGAACCCGAGGGCUUUAAACAAGCCAUCUCUCGGAAGGUUGCCUGGACCUGACCACUCUAACCCACUAUAGG